AUGUUUACCACAAAUAAGAUAAUAUUUUUUAUAUCAUUAAUUUAUCCCUUAAUGAUAAGUAUUGUUUAUCUAGAUCAUUCAUUUAAUAAGAUAUCCAAUGUAAAAAAAUUUAGAUUAUUGGAUACUGUGUGCAAUGCAGGGGAAAUGCUUACAUAUGAUUAUAAAUGUGAAAAAUGUAAAAUAGGUUUUUAUAAUUUUUCAAGAGUAAACAAACAAUGUUUUCCUUGUCCUCUUGGUACUUUUACUGAUAAAAUGGGAUCUCUUAUUUGUCAGAAUUGUCCUAAAGGAUCAAGCACAAAUGAAAUGGAAUCAAAAUCUAUUUUAGACUGUAUUUGUAAUAAAGGUUUUAAAUUAGACAAAAUAAAUAAUAAAUGCAUGAAAUGCAACUUAAUAGAAUUUUGCCAUGAUAAUAAGAAUAUAUGGUCAUUUCAAAAUAUGUGUAUAAAAAAUAGUACUGUAAAAUAUAGAGAAUUAUGUGAAUCUGUUAAAAAAAAAAAAAUAUAUGAUUAUCAAAUUUUAUGCCACAAGAAGGAUGUAUGCUUGAAUUUUAAAGAAAAUAAAUCCUGUUUAAAAGGAAAUCAUUUAAUACAAUGCAAAAUUUGUGAAGAAAAUUAUAGAUAUGACUUGAUAUCUCCAUCAAAAAAUCCUUGUGUUUUUUGUAAUUUUACAACUUACUUGAUAAUAAUUUACUUUAUUUUAAUCACAUUAUUUAUAACUGUUUCAACAGUUAUAUGUGUAAAUAUGUUAAGAGAAAUAACAACAAUAAAAAUUUUUACAACAUAUAUACAAUUUAUAUCACUUCUUAGAUAUGUUAAUUCAAAUUAUGAUCACUCUUUUGUCAAUAUUUUUUAUUUUUUUACUAUUGGUAUACCUUUAAACGAAAUUUUAGAUUGCAUUUUUCCUAAAGGAACAAACAGUGAUAGAAUUUUAAAAAAAAUUAAUUUUUUACUAUUUAUGCCAUUAUUAUAUUCCUUUUGCUCAGUAUUAUGCACUAUUGCUUUUUAUAUUUUGAGAAAAAGGGUUGAAGUAAAAAUAAAUAAUGAUACAUAUGAAAAUAAAGAAAAAAUAUCCUAUUGGGGAGAAGAUAAUCAAAGACAUAAUGUAAGUUUAAGAAAGAAAAAAUUUAUUAAUAAUGAAUUUCAUCAAUUGUUUUUAGAAUAUCCAACAAAAAUUAAUAAAAAACAAUUAAUUAAAAGAAUAAAAAAUAAAAAUAAAAGUUCUUGCAUUAGAUCAACAAGAAAUAUUGAAAAAUCCUUAAACGUUAAUUAUACUGAAAACACAGAAAAAUUAACGAAUUAUUUUUUUAAUAAGCAUAGUUUAAAAUACCAAGGAUUUUAUAGAAAACAUAGCUUAAAUAGGGCAAUUAUAACAAAAAGUGAAAAUUUUAAAAUACUGAAAAAAAAAAAAAAAAAAAGUUGCUAUAAUAAAAAAAGUAUAUUUUCGGAAAUAAAUAAACAUAAACUUAUGAGAUCAAAUAGUGAUAGUUUAAAGUUAUUAAAAAAAAUAAUUCAUAAAAAUGAGUUAGUAAUACCUCACAAAAAGAAAACAAAACAGUUAGACAUUGAAAAAAAUCAUAAUAAAUAUAUUAUACUAAAAUCCCAUAUGAGUUUUAUAAAAACUUAUUUGCAUGGUUCUCACAAAAAAAAUAACAAAAGUUUUACGGAAUAUAAAAAAAAUGAAAAUGAAAAUGAAAAAAAAAAAAAAGAAACUAAUGAAAGGAUAGAACAAAAUAAACAUAGUUCUGAUUUAUAUUCUAAAGGUAAACCAUUAGUGAAUAUAAUUAUUAAAUCUUUAAAUAAAGAUAAAGAGAAAAUAGUUUUUGAAGAUAGAUAUGAAGCUAAAGAUAAACAAGAUAUUAAUAAUAUUUAUAGCAAAAAUAGCAAUACAAAAAAUAGUGUCUAUAAAAGUUGCAACAAUAUAAAUAAAAAAUAUGUAAAUUACAAAGUACGUAAUAAUUGUGUAAUAAAUAACAGUAAUUGUAUAUAUAAUUAUAGAAAUACUAUAAGUUUAAAUAAACAGGAAAACAACAUAUUUGAUCCAAUUCAAGAAAAUAGAAAUAUUCCUGAAAACACAGUAAUAAAUUAUAAACAGAAUAAUUUGAUGGGUAAUAUUAUAAAUGAAAAUAAGAUAAAGGAUACAUUUUGCAUCAAACACAUGUUAAAAUAUUUUAUUUUAUUUUUUAUAUUAUAUCAUGAUUUGUUAUAUUUUGAGAUAAUAAGAUUAUGUAUUUUUUUUUUUUUUUGUAAUUAUGAUGAACAUAGACAAGAAAGUUUUAUAAUAAUUGAUGAUUCAUUAGAAUGUUCCGAAAUGAGAAAUAAAUAUUAUAUUAAAAUUCUUAUAAUAAUAAUAUAUAACACAUUUAUAAAAUUUUCAAAUCAUUUCCUAUUGUUAUUUAAGAAAUAUAUGAAAAAUAAUGUGAACAUUUUGUAUGUUGUGUUACAACUAUAUUACAAGAUAGAAGCAUUGAAUCCUGCUAACAAUUUUUUGUUAUUGUUAUUUUUAGUUUUAUUUUAUAAAAGGUUUUUAAAUACAACGAAUACGUCUCUUACUUAUAACUAUAAAAAUACUUUAUAUAAUCCUAAUAUUCAUAUAUUUCAAUUAACAAUUAUUAUUAUUUCACUUCUUAUUUAUAUUUUAAUUAUGUAUUUAUAUGUAUAUGAGUUUGAUGAAAAAGGAGAAAGGGAAAAAAAUGAAAUGGCAAAUGAUAAUAUUCUAUAUCAUACAAGCUCUAUUACUAAAUGUAAAGAAAAUACAAAAUAUAUAAAAUACAAAAGAGACAUUGAAAAAGAAAGAAAUAAUAUUAAAUCAUUUAAUGAAAAUAUAAAAAAUGUUAAUCUUAAUGAUCAAAAAGAAAUUGUAUCUAUUUCAAAGGAGAACUACAGAUUUAAAAAUGAUAUAGAUGAUAAAAAUAGUGAUUAUUAUAUUAAUGGUGACAAUUAUGAAGAAGGAGAAAAUAGAAAAAAGAAUAGCAAUUCUAAUAGACAUUAUAAUAAUAAGAAUAAUAAACUUUUGAAUAUACUAAAAAAAAUUGUAGCUAAAUUAAUAAAAAAAAAAAAAGUUGAUAAAUUUAUUUUUUAUUUUUCUCUGUUUGUAUAUAUUACUAUAUUAUUGUCUUAUUAUGUAUUCUUAAGUUAUAUCUAUUUAUAUAAUUUCCUUAAUGUUAUAACAAUUUUUUCAAUAAUUCUUAAUUUUUUAGUUUACUUAGUGAUUCUUUUAUUAUUAUUAAAUUAUUUUAAAGAAGAUAUUAAAAUAUUUGUUAUAAAAAACAUAAAUAAGUUGGUUGAUUACGUUAAUAAGAUAAAAUGGAUUAAUUGGGGUGUAUCAAAGCAGAAAAAAGUAAUAUUAAAAAAAAAAAUUUCUAAGAAAUUGCAAGAAUUAAAAUUAAAAAAUAAUGAAAUGGAAGAACAAAUAGUAUUAAAAAAAGAAAAAAAAAGCAUAAAGUUGAUUAACAACAUUUUAAAAAAUAGUAAAAAUUAUCAAAAAGACCAAUUAAAAUUUGUAAAUAAUUUUGUAUUUGAUGAAGGAAACAUAAAAAAAAAAAAAAAAAAUAUUAAAAGAUAUAAAUUAUUAAAAAUAUCAAAAGUAUGGGUGUUUUUUAUAUGUAAUAUAGUUGAUUUAACUGAAGAACCUGAAAAAUGCUUGUCCAUUCUAAUUAGUUUAACAUUAGAAAAAAAUUUUCAUAAAUUAACCUUGGAAAACUGCUUAAAUAUAUUGAAGAAAAAUCAUUUUCCUCAUAUAAAAAAUAUAUCAUUAAUUUUAAAAAAUUUUCUUAAAUAUAAAGAAAAAUUCUUUAAUACAUUAAUGAAGAAAACAUACAAAGAUUAUGAAUCUCUUAUUAUUUAUGCAUGGGGUAUGAGUAUUUUAAGUUAUUGUAAUUUAUUAGAUAUAGAUUAUAAUCUAUCAACAAUUUUGUUAUACGUUUCAAAUAUAUUAAAAAAAAGUAAAUACUUCAAUAAUAUAAUGGAACACUAUUUAAACAUUUUUCCUUUUUUCAAUGUAAAUGCAUAUCAGGAGGAUAUAAAAAAAGAUACAGAACCCACAAAUAUAAAUUUUCAUAAUCAGUUGUUUAAUAAUUAUAAUGGAUGUACGUUGUAUAAUUUAAAUAGAAAUGAUAUGAAAAAAAAAUUUAUAUAUAGUAAGGAAUUAUAUGAUAAUAAUAAUAAUAAUAGUAAAGAUUUUAAUAUAGAGAGUUACUCCUUAAAUAAAUAUGAUAAUGCUAUUAAUUUUGAUUAUAUGAAUAAAAACUUGUGUGAUUCACAUUCUUUAAAAGACAAAAUAUAUAAUUAUUAUAAUUUAAAUAAUUUUAAAGAAAUUUAUUUGAGUAACUUAGAUACUGCUUUAAGUAAUGCAAAUAAUUUCGACAUUCACUUGAGCAAAAGAAUGUUAAGAAAUAAUAAAAAUACUACGGAAAUUAAUCAAUCUAAUGGUAAUAAUGAGAAUGACAAAAAUUUGUAUUCUUUUAAAAAAUAUUUGAACACUAAUUUUAAUAUGCUAAAAAAAAAGUAUCAAAAUGAGUCAAUGAUUUUAUCAAAUAAAAAACAAAAUAAUAGAGAAUUCAAAAUUUUGAAAAACAAUAAAACUUAUAAUAAUUUAUAUAAAUUAUUUUUAAAGAAUAAAACAAAAAAAGAUAAUAGGGGAAAUAUGUUCGAUAUUAAUUACAUAUAUUCUAUAGAAUUAUGUAGAAUUUAUCUUCAUUGCUUAUUAUUAGAUGUAGGUGAAAUUUACUUUAAUAUUUGUUAUAGAUAUACAUGUGAAAAAUAUAUAUGUUCUAAUUUAAUAAAUUUGUGGGAUAACUCUUUAAGUAAUAAUUUAUAUAUGAAAAGAUAUUUUAAAUUCCUAGAAGAUAAUAAAGAAUAUGAAUACAAAUUAAAUAUUGAUAAAAAAUAUUUGAAUAGCAAAAAAAGAGAUUCUAAUGAUAAAAUAUUAAUAAUAAAUGAUUUUUUAGGAAGAAAUGUAUUAGAUACAGAUUUUUAUAAUGAAUAUGAAAAGUUAGAUAAUAAAACAAAAAAUUACUUCAAAAAUUUAAUUAAGGAAGAAGAUUAUUUAAAUACUAAUGAGUUAAUUGAAUUUUGUGAAGUAUACGAUAUAAGAAAGAUAGAAAAAGAAAAAAAAAAUGAAAAUGAAAAAAAAAAAGAAGAAUUUUUCAAAGUAUUCAGUAAUGCUUUACCAGUUUUUAUUGAAAAUUCUGAUUAUUUAGAUAUAGAUGAAGUAAAAUUAAUUGAAGAGAAAAAAAGAAAUUUUACUGUUUUAUAUGGAAAUAUGAUAGAAUUAUAUGGAGAUGAUUACAUUAUGAAAAAUUAUGAAGAAAAAAUAAAUUACUUUCAAAUAGAUAACUAUGGUACAUUUAUUUAUAUAAAAGGAACUUUUUUAAAUAAAUUGUUAAACUUAGUAUCAAAAAAAAAAAAAAAAAGACAAAAGAAAGAAAACAACAAAGAUAAUACGGAAGAUUUAUUAAGUAUAAAAUAUAUGAAAUUUCUAAAUAAAAAUAUGCAUAAUUAUAUGAAUUAUGAAACUAUAAAUGACGAAAUUUUCAUAUUUAUACACAAUUGUUUUAAAUGCAAUAUAGGUAUUACUGGAGACUUAAAAGGAAUGAACUUUUAUAAUAAAAAUUCUUUAAUCAUAAUAAAUCCACCCAUAAUAUUGCCUAAUAAAUGCACCAUAGAAUUAUGGUUAUACUUUAACUGUAAAAAUGACAAAAAAAAAAGUAAAAAUUUUAUUUUUUGUGAUAAAAAAGGAAAUUCUUUGUUUGUUAUUGAUAGAGAUAAAGAUACAAUUGAGAAUAUAGAAAUACAUAUAAAUGAAUGGAAUAAGUUGAGUAUUUAUUAUAUAAAACAUAUUCUGAAAAAAAAGACAGAUAUAAAAAAUGAUUGUAGUUUUUAUAUAAAUAGUAUGAAGACAAAAAAAUGGGAAAAAAUUAAUAAAAUAUUAAAAAAAAAUAAAUGGAAUUUGUUAAAUUUAACUAAAUCAUCCACUGGUUUAGUUUAUUAUAUUAACGGAAAAUAUUUAAGUACAAUUUCUCAUGAAGUUUUAAAUCUAGAUGAAGAAUUUGAGAUAAGUAUAUUUGGGAAUUCUUGUUUUGGUAACAAUAAUAUAGGAAUUUGUUCAUCUUUUAAAAUUUUUGAAUUUUUAAAUAAAGAUGAAAUAAAAAGAAGAUAUAAAUUUAUCAAAAACAUAAAAUUCAAAGAAAUGAUAGGAGAUAAUAUAAAUAUGAACAAAGAAAAUGAUUUUAUAGAAGGAAUAGACAUUACGAACAGGCAAAUGGAGGAAACUUUUUUAAUGUAUUUUGUACAAUCUCGAACACAUAGAAAUAAAGUUAUACCAAUUAUAAAUGAUUCAAGUUAUAAAUUGAAAAUUUAUCAAUUAAAAUACUUUACUAAAUAUAAAAAUACGAAUUAUUUGUAUAAUAAGAUAUUAGAUGGUAGUAAAAAAAAUGAUAAAAGGUUUACAGAAAUUCACAAAAAUUUAGAAGAAAAUAAAAAAGAAAGUAAAAAAUCAACUAAAUAUAAAAAUGAAUAUUCUAAAAUUAUUGAAAUUGAUGACGAAGAAGAAUAUGGCUAUAAUGUUUAUUUUAAAAAAAUAAUUAAAAAAGAACAUUUGCCGAAAAUAUAUGGAGUUGAUGUAUUUUCAGAUAACUUAGCUUUUGGAUGUAAUUUAUCAAAAUUUUAUAAUUUAGUUUUAUCUCCUACCUUAUCAAUAUAUAAUGAAUUAACGAAACCAUUUGGAUACACAAUAUCUGCAUGGGUAUUUUUACCUAUAGUAAAAAAUAUAUCUUUUUCAUCUUUGAUAUGUGGUGAGAAUGAUAUUCAUGUUAGUAUAUUUAGUGAUGAUUUAAUUAUCGGAUGUAUAGAAAAUUAUAAAAAAAAAGAUAAAAUUUUUUAUCAUUCUUCAGGAUAUAGUAUUAAAAAUCUGAAUAAAGGGUGGUAUUACUUAAAUGUUGUUGGCACAUUAAAAGGCCAAUUUUAUUUCAUUAAUGGAUGCUUUAAGGGAUGUCAUAAAUUCUGUUCUUUUGAUAAUAUAAAGUAUAUAUUUAAUAGUGGAUUAUAUAUUAAUCCAUGUUCGUUUAUUUGUUUUUUAAAAGUAGUAAAUAAACCCUUAUCAAUGAACGAAAUAUUAUAUGAAUAUAACAAUUCUCCUCUAUGUUACAAUUUUUCUUAUUAUUAUUAUUAUUUUUAUUUAUCAUCUUUAUUUUCAAAUUUAACAAAUCAAUUAAAAUUUGAUAGCAUAGUUUCGUCAAGUAAUACAAAUUCAUCUGAUUAUUCAAAUAAAAUACAAUUUGUUCAUUUUGAUGUAACAAUAAAUAAUAACGUGCAUAUUUAUCCUAUUGAGAAAAGUAAAAAAUUUUAUUAUUCCUUAUCUCUUACAUCUAUGAAAAAUAGAAAAUUGCACUAUUUUAACAGCAUAAAUACACAAUAUAAUAAUUUGAAUAUAUAUUUACACAACUAUAUAAUAUUACCCCAACAGUGGGCUAUAUUAGCAGUAAUUAAUUUAUCUUUUAUAAAUGAAUCAACUUAUCACUGUUUAAUAGGAGGAGUAGAUGGAAACUCUCAUAUUGCUAUAAAUAAUAGUGAUUUAUCUUUAGGUGUUUUAACAAAUUUAAAAAAUGAAAUUUUUUAUGAAAAAAAAGCUUCAAAUGAGAAUGAAAAAAGUUUGAAUAAAGAUGAAAGUGAAGAGUUUUAUUCCAAACAAAGUUCAAGUGAAGAAAAUAUUUCUCAAAAAAAAUUUGCAAAAGACAAUGAUAAUUAUGAAAAUAGGUACUACAAAAAAAAAAGUAUUAAUAAUUAUGUAAAAAAUUAUAAAGAUGAUUAUCAGAAAUUUUAUACUUGUGGCUAUAAUUUUAUAAACAUUUUAGACAAAAAUAUUUUUAUAGCAACAAGAUGCACUAACAAUGAGCAAACCUUUUUUGUAAACUCAUUAAAAGUAGGGGUGUCACCAGCAUGUCUUACUCCUAUAGAGUAUAUUGGUAAUUGCUUAUCUACUAAUAAUGAAUAUAUUUCACCCUUUGGUUAUUAUAAAUUUAUUAGAAUUAUUUUUGAUUAUUUCAGUGAUGAACAAAUUAGAGAAUUUUAUUAUUCUCUUAAAUUAUAA